AUGGCGCAAAUCGUUCAACGCGGAUUUGCCACGGGCGCCGCUGUCGCCAAGUCGGCUCAGCUCAUCAAGACGCCGAUUCAGGUAAAUUUCAAAGCAAACAGUUUAUUCAAAAAUUCAAUAAAGGUGCACGGAGUCGAAGGCCGAUAUGCUGCCGCUCUGUACUCGGCGGCCCACAAGCAAAACAAGCUGGAUCAGGUCGAGAAGGACCUCCAGAACGUCCGCGGAAUCUACAAGGACAACAAGAAGUUCCAAGUGGGAUUCAAUUUAUUGAAUUUAAUAUAUUUUUUUCAUAACAGGAGUUCGUUCUCGACCCUACCUUGAAGGCCCGCAACAAGAAAUCGACCGUCGAAGCCGUUGCUAGCAAAAUUGGCCUUGGAACGGAAACCGGAAACUUCCUCGGUUUGUUCUUUUUUGAUUUCUGUGUACUUUUGUGCUUGAAUUUGUUAUCGCAGAUAUUUUUGAGAAAUUAUGUUGAACGACUAGGUAAAUGAGUUUUCUUAGAAUGUGGCUUCGUUUUUUAAACCGUUCGAUACAUUUAGAUCUCAAUCUUCAUUUUAAUCAGAAUUUCUUCAUUAAAAAUUAAAAAUACUUGAUUUUUUUUUUCUUUUUGACAUGUGGUUAAAAAACCAAUUUGAGCUCAAAUCUGAUUUUGGAAAGUGGUGUUUUUUUGCUUUUUCGGUGUGAGGUUUUUUUCAACUAUUUUUUUAAUUUAAAUCUUGAGAAAAAAAGUGAUUUUUUUAGAAGAUUAAAUGGCAAAGAUUAGGAACUUUUCCGUUUAGAACUUCACGGAUUGCGCAAAAAAGAAUUUCAUUAAGGUUUGAAAUUCAAUGAUAAUAUUCUCGUUUAGCCGUUUUUUUCUUUCGUAUUUCGAUGCUGUAGGGGACGUUUCAUAAAUAUUUUUUUAGUUUGUUAAUUCUCGAAAUCUCUUCAAAAAAAAUUCGCAUUAUUGCUUGAAUUUUGGUUUUUCGUAAGUAUCUGAUCAAAAAAAUCUUCGCUUUGAAGAGAUUUUUGAUCGAUAAUUUCAAGAAUUGUGUUAAAUAUCUUUGUCGCUGAAAUCAUAUUUUUUUAUCCCAUGAAAUUUUUGUUUUUUUAUGGUUUUUUUCUUAUUAUCCUUUACCGACUAGUUCAGUAAUUUCAUGUUUUCCAGGCCUCCUCGCCGAAAACGGCCGACUCAACAAGCUUGAGGCCGUCGUUUCCUCGUUCGAAUCGAUCAUGAGAGCCCACCGCAACGAGCUUUUUCGUUCAGGUUUGUUCAAAUCUCUUUUUUUUUUUUGUUGAUUUAGGUGUUAAUUUAAUAUUUUUGCAGGUCACCUCCGCCGAAGAGCUUUCCUCUCAAAACCAAAAGGCCCUCAGCGACGCCUUGUCCAAGGUAAAUUUUUUGUCUUGCUUUCUUUUUUUCAUGAAAAUUUUCUUCAAAGUGUUAAAACUUUUAUCUGUUUUAUUCACUUAAGAUUUCAUUCUAACUCUUUCAGAAAGUGAAUAUCGGUUCGUAGAAAGAAAUAAGUUUAGAAAAUUAAUGUGGCAAUAGAAAUAAUUUUCAACAUGUAAUUUUUUUUGGGAGAUAAAAACAUAACUUUUUUGUAUUUCUGCCUUCAAAAAUGAUUCUUCUUUCUCAGUCAAUGUUUUUUUUUCUGACUAGAUUCAGUGAGAUUUUUUUUCGAAUUUUCAGGUGUUUGGGGUGAGGAAAGAUCCUCAAUUUGUUAACUGCGCGACUUUUCAUUUGAAAUAAUCAUUUUUCGAGUUCGUAUUGACCUCUAUUUAAGAUAGAUAGCCAUAUUUCGCAAAUUUGAAAAUGUAUAGCUCAAAAAUUGAAGUUUGUCUACAUUUUAUUCUAUGAUUGAUUAUUUCCUGGGCCUUCUCGAAUAUCUCGGUAACUCAAACCGAUCUUUUUGAGCUCUUUUUGCUAUCACUAGCCAGUGUUGAACCCCCUAAAGUGGUCACUUGAAUGUUCAGAAAACUCCGGUGCGCGUUUUUGCGUAAUCGAGGUACGGGCUCGGAAAAUAUCCAGAAUGAUUUUUCGAGAUUCCAAACUUCUCACUGACACGACCCUCAAGAGCAAAAUUCAGAAGGAUCUAAAGAACCUUUAGAAAAAAAGCCCCUUUUUCUCGACUUUUUUCUAAAAAAGGAUCUUAAAGGAGAAAAAUGAGGCGGAAAAAAGUUCUCAGAAACUUUUGACACCUUUCUAGCAACUCAAAAAGAAGAUUCUAAAGCUCCUUUUUGAGAUAGUUUAGACUUUCUUCUGCUAGUGAAGAGAAUUGAUACAUCUGACGAAUUUAUAGAUCGCCAAGGGAGGCCAGAAGCUGACGGUGACGUACAACGUGAAGCCGUCGAUCAUCGGCGGCCUGGUCGUCACGAUCGGUGACAAAUACGUCGACCUCUCGAUCGCCUCCCGCGUCAAGAAGUACAAGGACGCCAUCGCCACCGCCAUCUAA